CCGCCACUCCAUGUCCCCCACGAAAACGAAUUUUGCCCUCGUGCUGCAGGUGGUCAAUUGGGGGGCCCGAUUAUUAUGUCACGCACGCCCCGAGGGGUGUCCCCCCUAGUAUUGAUCUCAAAUCUGCGGAACAAGCAGAUCGGGCCCCUUCAGGUGAUUGGCCAUCUCGGAGACACAACAUUGACGGCAGCCAUGACUUUGUUUCCGGAUCUCGGGACAUGGCUUCUUCGUUCAGUUGGGGGCUCCGACUUGGCCAAUAGCCCUCUGCUCGCUGUCGAAAGGCUGAGCUCACAACCCCGACCGAUCCAGGAUGGCGACAAGGAUACACUGGUCGGCGCCAUCCUCGCCAUGGGCUCCAGCCUUCACCACGCCCUCCAUAUGCUGCUUGAAGUCUUGCCAGAAGACUCGUCUCGGGAGCGGCUGAGCGAGGUCUUGUGCCCGACCCUGGGCCAUCUCCUAGCCUCAUUACAAAACACCUUGUCAUCUCUGGAGCAAAGGCCGACUGUUCCUGCAGCUGGUGCUUCAUCACCGAUAUCAACCAAGAAGUCACAUAGCCCCGUCUCCAACGGUAAAGGGAGCCAACCUUCUCCUGAACGGCUGCAGACGGUUGCUGCGGGGGUAAGAAGGGAUGAAGCGGAAGCAACGCCACCUCGCUCCUCCCACUCUGAUUCCGCUAUACGCACACCAACGGCGAAAGCACUGCAAAACGGGAACCGCAUCGAGAGAUUCCCACUAGAGAGUGGAACUGCAACGCAUCAUCCGCGGACUUGUGUCGCCGAGUCUCCGGAUAUGGCGCUGGUUGGCGCUCUGCGGGCUGAGAUGCGGGUUCAAGCCGCCCUUCGCGUUGCCGUAGACUCUCUGGAAUUCGCUGAAGACCAGUUAAAGCUGGUCAAGGAAGUUAAUCAGUUACACGGUGGCAGCUUUGAUAUUCUCCAAAGACAGUUCUACAACGGUUACAACCGCCUGCUAUUCCGCGCUCUCGAGCUAGAGAGGAGAGAGUUUGGCUUGUCAGAUAGAAACAGCCUGAACUCGCUGGCAUAUGCACAGAAACCACAAGGACAUCAGCACGCGGAUCCGCCCCGAAAACCUGAAAGUCCUGUCGGUCUGAAACAGAGCCAGACCAUCUCCUUCGAGGACAAUAUGCCCACUCCAAAGGCUUCUCCAAGACUUGCUUUGGAGCGAACGACAAACGCUGGACGGCGACCCCUUGCAAGGAGAAAUACAAUUCUAGGAAUCAAACAAGAAGGCACCAGAGCAUCGCAGACAAGGGCACCACUCAAGCGUCGGCUGUCACUCGCUGAGGAGUUGGCCAUGGUCCAUGAGGACACGGAAGACUCGGAGAGUGGUCCCCAGGAGUCAUCCGAGGCCGAGGGUCCCAGUUCAGAGAGCGGGGAUUCCCAUUUAGAGUCUGAGGAUGAGUCGCGAAACGCAAUGGCCCGGGGUGACGAGAGUGAGGAAUACAGCACCACUGAAGAGAGUACAGGAGAAUUGAGUGACAGCGACGGUGGGGGGGAGAGUGAGGACGGCGGGGAUGGAGAUAAGACGAUCGAUGCUCUCGAGUCUUGGACUUUCCGGGCAGAACAGUGAUGCUUAUGAAGUGGUGUCACGUCCUACUGCCUGAGGUCGCCGGCUUUGGCUGGCGCAUGACUCAAGUCGCAUGAGCAGAUUAGCACAGCACACUGCACGGAGGCAAACCCGACUUACUGGGAUACCGUAGAAGAUACAUGCGCAGACGCGUGUGACAAGGCUGGAGUACAUAAGAUAUCUUGGCAACCCUCAAGCAGAGCCCGGGUCUCAAGCUUGAAGGUUAUAUAUGGAAGACCCGAGCAACUAUACCUAACGUUAAUGUCCGCGCUGGACUUACUGGCUUCUUUUUCGUGAAGCCGAUGCAGCGGACGGGCCAACGCAUGGAUUUGCAUGUGGUGUAUCACGUACUCAGCACGCAAUCUUGCGCCGCUUACACGCGAGGGGCAGGAUGCUAGGCCCCAGUUAAAUGCGAUACAGAUUCCCGA